AUGAAGAACACGAUGCGAGACCACAGCGAUGGCUCUGAUGCCUCAGACCACUCCCCCUCAGCCUCCAAACCAGCGUUCAACCACAUCGAGCAAAUCCACACCAACGAGCAAGUCCCCGGACACACCAACUACUACGAAAAAGAUGGCUUGCGGACAGCCGGCGACGGCGAGGACCACGAUGCCGAGCAACCUAUGAACUUUAAGAGACUUAUGGCGUUGGUCGCUAUGGCUUUCCUAUGGACAGGCAGCCAAAUCCCCGUCUACCUCUUCGGCGGCGUCCCCCCCUACAUCUACGCCGACAUAGGCGGCACCGACCGCUGGAUCUGGUUUAUCCUCGCGAACCUGCUCUCCCUCGCCGCCGUGUGCCCCUUCGUCGGUUCCAUCUCCGACAUCGUGGGCCGCCGGUGGGUCGCCAUGAUCGGCGCGUGCUUCUUGAUCCUCGGCAUGAUCAUCUGCUCAACCGCACAUUCCAUGAAUAUCUUCAUUGCAGGAAUGGUGUUUAGCGGUGUGGGCGCGGGCAUCAACGAGCUUACGGCGCUGGCGGUGACGAGUCUCUGGGCUUUCAUCGGCCUCGUCUUGACCUUCGUGUUCUACCACCCUCCUCCCCGCGUCAACAGCGUGGGUAUGAGCCGCAGAGAGGUUCUCGCGCAGAUCGACUACAUCGGCGGUUUCCUGUCUGUUGCUGGUAUGAUCUUGUUCAUGAUGGGUAUGCAGUGGGGUGGCUACCAGUACAAGUGGUCCAGCGCGCACGUGCUCGCGCCCUUGAUCCUGGGUGUCGCUUUCCUCGUCGCCUUUGUCUUCUGGGAAGCCUACGGAGCCAAACAUCCCAUGUUCCCCAAGCGACUUCGUCAGGAGCCCCGGAUUCUUGGGCUGACACUUGUCAUUACGUUCAUCUCUGGAGCCAACUUCUUCUCGAUCCUCAUGUUCUGGCCGACGCAAGCGUUCAACGUUUAUGGUCAUGAUCCUGUUGGUGUUGGUAUCCGGGGUAUUCCUGUUGGGUUCUCGAUUCUGGCUGGGGCUUGUAUUGUGCUGUGGUUGCUGUCUUUGCUCCGCGGUCACAACAAGGAGCUUUUGAUCGUCUCGUCGAUCAUGAUGACGGCAGGCUGCGGUGCUCUUUCUAUCGGCCGUGUGGACAACUUGUACCAACUGUGGGGAUUGUUGGUUCUCGCUGGUCUCGGCAUUGGUGGUAUCGUUGUGCCCGCAUCUAUCAUCUCCACUAUCAUCUGCCCAGACGACCUGAUCGCAACAAUCGCUGCUCUGACCCUUGCCAUCCGCGUCAUUGGUGGUUCCAUCGGAUACUGCGUGUACUACAACGUCUUCAUCUCCAAAUUUGUUCCCGCCGCAACCCACUACAUCGGCGGCGCAAUGGUGACCAAGCUCAACAUCACAUCGCCUGAGAUCAUCGGAGAGGCAAUUGCCAUCACCGGCGGAUCGCUUCUCCCGCUUCUCCAUGAGCUUCCGGGUAUCAAGGACGUGCCGGGUGCGUAUGAGUUGGUCGUGUACGCUGGACAGCUCGCGUACGCCGAGGCGUACAAGUACGUGUACUACGUGAGCAUAGCGUUUGGCGGAGUCAGCAUCAUCGCAGCAUGCUUCUUGGGCGAUAUCUCGAAGUACAUGGACGACCAUGUCGCUGUGGUCAUGCAUUGA